UGGUGGAGAGUCGAGGAGGGAUCAUGGACAGCAUACAGAGAUUUUCAAACCUGCCGACGUACCUCCCUGCAAGCUAUCACAUCUGCAAUGCUGAUAGUUUCUUCUUCCUCAAAGAAGCCAACCAGGAUAUCAUGAGGAACUCCAGUUUGCAGUCUAGGGUGGAUUCAUUCUUUAUAUACAAAGCCAAACUGCCACCUGUCCUAAAUGCCACCUAUGGACCCUUUUCUGUUGAACAGGCUGUUCCCUUGGACCUCAUGCUGACUUCUGCAUCUUUUGGUUUCUCAAAUCAAUUCACUUUUAAUUGGAAAUUAAAAUCUCACAUAAUCAACAGCUCAAUCUAUUCCAACAAACCUAAAAUACAAACCUUAUUCUAUAUUGUGGGGAAGGACUGGGAUGACUAUAAUUCUGAGGAGGUGUUGCCUUGUGUGAAGAUGUUUGCUCUCCUGGAAUCUAGAGAAGUUGUGGCCAGCUGUAGGCUGACAGGUCAUCUGGGAUUAUGUGUUGCAGAGCUGGAAUUAUCUUCUACCUGGUUCAGCUCCCCUCCACCACUGGUUUCAGAGGAAGCAGCCUCCCUGGAAGGGAUUACUGUGGAGCUCUUCUACAAGAUUUAUACAGCAGAUGGGGAAUGUUCUCCAGAGGAUGAAAAAUGGGAAAACAAUAUCCAUGCAGGUCAAGAUAAUGAACAGAAGGCUUUGUCAACUAUGGAGAGGAUUGGUAGCAUUGUUGUUUACCCAAAUCAAGAUGAAUUAAAACAGUCUUCACUGAGGCUGGAUGAAAAUAUUGUUAUUCGCUUACCACUCAACCCAGUCAGAGAAGGUGACGUUGUGACCUUUCAUGUUGCCCUGGCUGAGGACUCGCUGGCAGACCAGUUUGUAUUAAGAAUUAGGACAGCCCCAGGUGUGAAGAUCCUGGACAUCAGAGUCAGUGAUGCAGACCAGUGGGGGGUUCAAGAAGAGACAGACAGCGCGAGGACCACUGCCACAGUGACAUGUGUGCACAACGACCCGAGCGCGGAGAGCAGAGCAAAUAUGUCCUCCUUCGAGAUCCUGGAGAUGGACUUCGAGAUCGACAACACCAGCAGCCUGGCAGGGGCCCAGCAAAUCACCUGGCAGGUGGAAUACCCUCGAGAUGAUUCCUUGAGCGAACUGGUGGUCUCCGAGAUCUUUGUCAGCCGGACAAUGUUUGUGGGAAUCGUUCCUCUUGCGAUGGACACGGAAGUCCUCAACACAGCCAUUCUGACGGGCAAAACGGUGUCUGUACCAGUCAAGGUGGUUGCCGUACAGGAGGAUGGGUCUGUGGUCGAUGUUUCAAACUCCACUGAGUGCAGAUCGGCUGAUGAAGACGUCAUAAAGGUUUCUGACAGCUGCGACUCCAUCUUCGUUAAUGGCAAGGAAAUGAAAAGCAAAGUGGAUACUAUUGUUAACUUCACUUACCAGCAUUUUACCACCCAAUUAGAAGUGACGGUCUGGGUUCCCCGGCUCCCGCUGCAGAUCGAGAUCUCUGAUACAGAGCUCAGCCAGAUCAAAGGCUGGAGGAUACCCGUCACCUCCAACAAAAGGCCUACCCGUGACAGUGAGGAUGAAGAGGAUGAUGAGAAAAAAGGAAAAGGUUGUACCCUCCAGUAUCAGCAUGCCAUGGUGCGAGUCCUCACACAGUUUGUAGCUGAAUCCUCUGAGUUUGGAGGCCACUUGACCUACAUGCUGGGCUCUGAGUGGCAGUUUGACAUCACUGACCUCGUGGCUGAUUUCAUGAAGGUAGAAGAACCCAAGAUUGCUAAGCUUCAGGAUGGCCGAGUUCUGGUUGGUCGUGAGCAUGGCAUCACCACAGUCCAGGUUCUGUCACCUCUUUCCGAUUCCAUCCUGGCAGAGAAGACAGUGAUCGUUCUAGAUGACCGUGUAACCAUUACAGAUCUAGGAGUACAACUAGUCUCAGGCUUGUCCAUCUCCUUACAAAUCAGCAAAGGAAGCAAGAGAGCUAUCGUUUCUACCACCUCUGCAUAUGAUAUCCUUCAUACUCCGAAACAGGAAGCCAUAGUCAGUGCGUGGAUUCUGUUCAGCGAUGGGUCAGUGACGCCAUUAGAUAUCUAUGACUCCAAGGACUUCUCGAUCACCGUCACCUCACUGGAUGAGAUGGUAGUGUCUGCACACCAAAACCUUCAGUCCAGAUGGCCUGUGGUGGUGGCGGAAGGGGAUGGGCAGGGACCUCUGAUUAAAAUUGAAAUGGUCAUCAGUGAGCCAUGCCAGAAGACCAAGCGGAAGAGCAUUCUGGCUGUUGGGAAAGGAAGCGUCAAAGUGAAGUUUGGUCAAAAAGAUUCAGACCGAAAAGGAAGCACUAAUGACAUUGAUGAUAUGGAUAGAGAUUUUAAAAGCCAUGCAAGCAAUUCUAUAGAGAAACCUGCAGAACAAGAGAGGACAGUACAAGAGUGGUUCAAAAACCACGAGGACAUGUCCAGUCAUGAGGACAAUGCAAACAAAAGCACAACUUUCGUAUAUCCCAUUGAUCAGGAGUCCCUGGAGGAUGGUCUCCAGAAUAACCCAACUGCCUUCACAGGUUUCCCUGUGCAAGUAGAAAUACCAGGAGAAAACAACCCCAGUGAUCUCACAUUGAAUUCAAGAGGAUUAACGGAUUUGGAGAUCGGCAUGUAUGCCCUGCUCUGUGUUUUCUGCUUAGCAAUCUUGGUCUUCUUGAUUAACUGCGUGGCAUUUGCUUGGAAGUACAGGCAUAAAAGGUUUGCUGUAAGUGAGCAAGGCAAUAUCCCCCAUUCCCAUGAUUGGGUCUGGCUUGGAAAUGAGGUUGAACUGCUGGAAAACACAGUUGACAUUUCGCUCCCAUCAGAGGAGUGCACUACCAUGAUUGACAGAGGAAUGCAGUUUGAAGAAAGCAACUUUCUCCUUAAUGGGAGCUCUCAGAAGACUCUUCAUAAUCAUAUCCUCAGAUCUUCUGAGUACCUUUGUGAAAAAGAAGUUAAAAGUGAACCUAUAAAUCCUUCUGGACCAAAGCAGAAGCGAGUAAAGUUCACUUCAUAUACAACGAUACUGCCAGAGGAUGGAGGCCCCUACACCAACUCAAUUCUAUUUGACAGUGAUGAUAAUAUUAAAUGGGUAUGCCAAGAUAUGAAUCUUGGUGAUUCCAAGGAACUUAGGGACUAUAUGGAAAGACUGCAAGACAAUAUGUAA